CUUGUUCUGACAAGACCGUUUCCUCGUUAGAACGAGCAGAUAGAAUGAGAAAGUUUCUCGUUUUGGACAAGAAACAUGCUCCAAUUUACACACACUUCACUUGGCUCUGAAAAUAUGUGAGCUGAUCUGUUUGUCAAUGUUAAAAAAGAAGUUGAACAUCUCAGCUCGGGUUGGGUAGUAUUUCAUGUUAAGCCUCAGGUCCAACGUAGACAUAAAGGCAAAUUUGCUCGCAACGCUUUCUGCAACACCCACUUAUUUUAAAAGUAGGCAAAAACUGGCAUGAUCACAGAAGUACGAUCAACCCAGCACACACAAGUUCUACUCCUCCUGAGAAUCUUCAACUAUCCAAGAUGUGCGGUAUCUGGGCGAUGUUCGGCAGCGACGCGUGCCUGUCAAGUCAGUGCAGCGACGCCAUGAAAAUAGCGCACCGAGGCCCAGACGCCUGCCGCUUUGAGAAGAUCAACGGACACGCCAACUGCUGCUUUGGCUUCCAUCGGCUGGCCAUUUUGGAUCAGCUGCACGGCAUGCAACCUUUGCACGUCAACAAACUGCCCUUUUUGUGGCUGUGUUACAAUGGCGAGAUUUACAACCACCUCACACUGAAGAAGCAAUUUGAGUUUGACUGCCAGACACAAGUGGACGGCGAGGUUCUGCUGCACUUGUACGAGCGCUUCGGCAUUCGGAAGGCCGUGUCUCUCCUGGACGGCACCUUUGCUUUCGUUCUGUUGGACACGAGCCAGAGCAAAGUGUGCCUGGGAAGGGACACGUACGGCGUGCGCCCCUUGUUUCGACUUCUGACCGACGACGGAACGCUCGGAGUCAGCUCCGAGGCCAAAGGCCUUACGGAUGCGCUCCGCGCCACGGAGGCCAAGGUCGUCCCCUUUCUGCCGGGUCAUUUUGAAGUCUUUCGUUUGAGCCUCAACGGAAAGGUGACAUCGAUUGAGCUGGAGCAGUUCCACGAAUGCACCAAGGAGCCAGCUCACGCCAUCUAUGACACCGAGGGGAAACUGGCAGCAGGUUUUGACGACAACACGGUCAAGGACAACAUCAGAAGGUUGUUUGAGAACGCCGUACGGAAACGGCUCAUGGGCACCAGGAGGAUUGGUUGUCUUCUCUCGGGGGGUCUGGAUUCCAGUUUGGUUGCCGCUACCUUGGUGAAGCUGGCAAAACAAGUGGGACUCGAGUAUCCCAUUCAAACCUUUUCAAUCGGCUCGGCAGACAGCCCGGACAUCUUGGCCGCCCGUAAGGUCGCAGCUUACAUCGGCAGCGAACACCACGAGGUGAACUUCACUGCCGAAGAAGGCAUUCAGGUUGUAGCGCAAGUGAUUGUAAGCCUUGAGACCUAUGACAUCGCCACUGUUCGAGCCUCUGUUGGAAUGUACUUGGUGUCUAAAUACAUUGGUGAGAAGACCGAUAGUGUGGUGAUCUUCUCUGGAGAAGGCUCCGAUGAGCUCACGCAAGGCUACAUGUACUUCCACAAGGCUCCCAGCGCCAAAGCAGGAGCGGAAGAGAGCGUCCGCCUGCUGAAAGAACUCUACCUGUUUGACAAUCUGCGAGCGGAUCGCACCACAUCCGCGCACGGUUUGGAGCUCCGAGUGCCUUUCCUGGACCACAGACUGACGGCGUAUUACCUAUCCCUGCCUGAGGAAAUGAGAAAGCCCAGGCACGGAAUGGAGAAGUACCUUUUGCGGGACUCCUUCAGAGGUGUGAAAUUGAUCCCCGAUGAGAUUCUGUGGAGGAGGAAAGAAGCCUUCAGUGAUGGUGUGAUGUCCGUUAAGAAACCCUGGUAUAGCUUUCUUGAGGAGCACCUCGAGUGUGUGGGAUCACUGGAAGUAUCAAGCGUGCAAUAUACCUGUGUGAGUGACGGCGAGAUGGCCAACGCUCCCAAGCUCUUCCCUCACAACGCUCCCUCCACCAAAGAGGCCUACUACUACAGACGGCUGUUUGAAACCUCUUAUCCUGGCCAUGCUGACUUGCUCCCUCACUUCUGGAUGCCACGUUGGAUUGAUGCCAACCACCCAUCCAUCCACAAAUUGCCCAUCUACACACAAAAGUCCAUGACCGAGAGUGGCAUCCGAAUGGGCUAAUUCUUGCUGCCGAAAAGAGUCAGAGCAAGUAGAUCGGAGCCAUAUUGGUGUGUGUGUGUGUGUGUGUGGGGGUAAUCAAA